AAUGAAGAAAGAAACGCUCCUUUCUAAUAUUAUCAUUAUUUUCUAUUAUUAAUCUUAAUUACAUUGUUCUUGUUAUAUUACUUUUAUUUCGUAACAAAAUAUGUAUUAUUGCAUAUUACUAGUAGAAAAAUUUAAAGUGGCCAAAAAGGACAACUUUCCGGAAAUAGAAAUUAAAAAUUUUAAAAAAAAAAAAAAAAAACUGAAACUGGAACUGUGCAAACAGCAAGGCAAAAUUGAAGUGGAAGAGAAUCAGAUUUUAAGAACAAUAAUAUGGAAGAGCAGCUGAAGACGAUUCUAACGGAAGCAUUUGGCGAGUCAUCAGACAGCGAAGGCGAAGAACAACAACAACUUGUCCAUUCUCACUGUGUAGAGAAUCGGGAUAAUGGAGAAGCCCUAACCGGGUCAGUGUUUGGAGAAAGUCAUGACUGGGAAAAAAUCAGUGAAAUUGAUGGUCUCUGGUUGUGCAAAGACUUCCUAUCUCCUGAUCAACAAUCAAAGUUGUUAUCAUCAAUCCAAAAAGAAGAAUGGUUUGCUCAAUCCUCAAGCAAUCAGGCUAUGAGGUUUGGUGACCUACCAGGGUGGGCAGUUGAGCUCUCCAGCUCUAUCCAUGAGGCGAUUCUUUUCGAUAAUUGUGUUGCAGAGUUGGAGAGCUGUGAAAAGGGCAAGGAAGCGUGUAUCUUUCCACAAGAUCUGUUAUGGAGGAAACCUCUAUUUGAUCAACUUAUAGUUAACAUGUAUCGACCAGGUGAGGGUAUCUGUCCACAUGUUGAUCUAAUGCGCUUUGAGGAUGGAAUUGCUAUCGUAUCUCUGGAGUCAUCCUGUGUGAUGCAUUUUACUCGAGUCGAGAAUGAAACAUGCAGAGACCAAGAUCCACCACAAAAAGUACCUUUGCUCUUGAUCCCAGGAUGUCUUAUUUUGAUGUGGGGAGAAGCACGCUACCUUUGGAAGCAUGAGAUAAACCGAAAGCCUGGGUUUCAAAAAUGGGAAGGCCAAGAGAUUGAUCAGAAGAGGAGAAUUUCUGUGACACUUAGGAAGCUCUGCUGCACUGACUAGAAUUUAGUGCUAUGACACCGUUGCUCAAAGUCAUUUUCUUGCUCGGGCCUGGAUGAUUUAAGUUCCCUGUUCUGAUAAUUGUUCCUCAACCAUUACACACAUAUUUUAGUGCCAAGGCAGCAGCUCAGGCUAUAUAUUCGUCUUGCUUUUAAGGUUC